AUGUUGUUACUGCCGCUCUGGAAGUUUGCUGCCAAGAAAUACGUUGGACGAACGAUGCGCGAGCUGGAAGAUUAUAUACCCCAGAUUGUCGGGUUUAAUGUGGAUUACUUCAGCACACUCUUUGUCUCCGUGUGCAUGUUCAGUUCUGGAUCUGUUCUGAUGACGGUGUUGGCUAUCGUG